AUGACAAAUACAUCGCCAAGACUCGAACCAUCACCGCUCGACCAAAUGGACUCCGUCGUGUCGUUUAUGUUACCCGGCGUUGUGGCCUACGUAGCGUGGAGAACGUAUUCUGUGCUGAAAUGGCAGCAGCUCUAUGGGUCACCAGAUGUGAUUGCAUUAUUUGCUCCGCUCAGUUUGCCAGGAACAGUUGUGGGCAUGGGCGUAGAAUGGACCUGGAAGCAACGUGAAAACGCCUAUGGCAAGGACAAGGAUACCAUAAGAGUCACACCAUUGUUAUGGGGGGAUACUAUACUCUACACUCGCAAUAUCGACAUCUUGCGUCAGGUCGCCGGCGGGGGCAGCAACAGGACGUUUAUCAAGCCGGAAUGGGGCUCGGAGGGAAUGAUGAUUUUUGGUCGCAAUCUCGUCUCCGAAAAUCUCGAUGAUUGGCGGCGACACCGACGCAUCAUGCAGCCCGCAUUUAACACCAAAACAUACGACCUCGUUUGGCAAGACACGAUCAAGACAUACAAGGACAUGGUCAAAACAGAGGCUUGGCCUACAACGCCCGGACAGAGCAUUGACAUACCAUCAAUCGGUCGAUACACCUAUAAAUUAGGCCUUUACGUGAUAGCCGCUAUUGGCUUGGGCGUCCGUUUUGAUUGGGCAACCCCGCCGACUCCACCAGGUCAGAAGAAGGGCCUCCAUGAAAACAUUCAAACUCUGGAGCAUUUCUACAUCCUUCUGAUUAUCUUCUCCAAAAAACUGCUUAAUGCGCUACCCAUCAACGCAUGCAAGCAGCUCAUGGAAUCCUACAAUUCUGUCAAGACCUUCAUUCAAUCAGAAAUCCAUGUCAGACGCGACCUCGUGCAUCAGUCCAUGGCUCAAGGUGAUACCGAAAACGAAUCGCUGCGGCUCGACGUCUUUACCCGUCUGAUCCUUUCAAAUGAGAUGGAAGGCAAAUACCCGCUUUCCGAUCCAGAGUUGAGUGCCAGUUAUGACGCGAAUACAGGCUCGGUAUACAUGCUUCUACUUGCCGGCCAUGACACAACAUCUGCGACGAUUAUCGCGGCAUGUGCCCAACUUGCGGUACAUCCCGACAUACAAGCCAAGAUCUACGAAGAAGUUCAGUCACUCGGAGAUAAUUGGACCUUUGAAUCGUAUUCUAAGCUCCGCUAUACCCUUCAAGUUUUCGUCGAGGCUUCGCGACUAUAUCCUGCUGGAUUCCUCGCACUCAGAUCGCCCCUUGAGGAUACGGUCGUACGUGUACCAGCGGCCAAUUCGACUCGCCAACCGUCUCAACUCGCGCUCCCCAAAGACUCGGCAGUUUGUGUCGAUUUUAUUGGCGUCCAUUACAACCCAAAUGUGUUCCCGGACCCCAUGAGGUUUAACCCCUCACGGUGGGAUGGAGUUGGAGAGGAUCAUUUCACAACGUUUAGUACCGGGCCACGACAGUGUCUUGGGAAAAAGUUUGCCAUGACUGAGGGAGUGGCUUUCCUCGCGAGUCUCAUCAAAGACUAUCGCAUCGCCCCGCUCCUCAAGGCAGGCGAGACGGUGGAACAAUGGAAAGAUCGGUCGUUGAAGAAUAUAAAGAUGCUGUUGACGCUCAGUAUCAAGGACGCACCUCUUGUCCUCACCAGGCGGUAA